AUGAUGACAGUCCGUCAUCGUCUCAUGGGCUUUGGAGUUCUUUUCUCCAUUUGCCUUGCCGUAGUCGUGGUUGCAGCGACGGCGUCCCACGACGAUGACACUCCUGAGGUGGAGGGACAGGUAACAACCGCCGAAAACAUCUGUGAUCCGACGAAGUUUACGGAGAGGGAAAAGAUGCUCGAGGUGAAUCUCGAGCCUCAUAUGGAAGCCAUUUCGUUCAAGUGCAAAGAUGAAACGGCGGGGCUGCAACCAGAGGAGGGGAAAGUGUUCGUGAAUGAUGACUGCAACGAUCCACAAACACUGUUGCAGGUGUGCCCGGGCGUGCAACUUCAGCGCCCAACGUCUUCGGAGAAGAAGUACAUAUUGACCGUGAGCCAGAGGCCGUCCAGAGACACGAGCCUGUACUACAAGUGUGAAUCACAGAAGUCUCUCGCAGUGCACACACGUGGUUCGCAAGCCGGGGUGACGCAGGACUGCAUCGUUAAGAUAACUGUCAAGGGUGUCAGUCCUGCGACAGUCGUCCCCGACGCACACAUCUGCGUCCCGAAGGAAACGGGAAAAGACUCCACAAGCGUUAAGGAGUUGACCCUCGAGGCGGACAAGCAAAGCAUCGACUUCAGUUGCGGUAACGAAGCAGGCGCACAGCUCACUCCUGCGACGAGCCUGAAGAAGUUUUGCGCGGAUGAGGGCUGCCAGGAGCAGAAAGAGCUCUCCUCGGUCUGGAGUGACGCUGCACUGACGACGGCAGGCUCUGGUGCUGCGACGAGUUACACGCUCAGCAUCAGGUCGGAGCGCAAGGAGGACAAGGAUAUCUACUACAAAUGCAGCGUGCCCGCAAGUAACAAAACCAAGGUGGAGGAGGAUGGUGCAACUGGCAAGGAGAAGAGCUGUGUCCUCAAGAUCACAGUGAAGUCCGGCGAGACGUCAUUAGCAGCUCCGUGGAUGGCCGUGACGUCUUGUCUGGGCGUGCAGAUCAUGCUGGGUCUCUUUUCCACCUGGAUGUGA